CAGAAGAUGGCGGACGGCAGCGGUGUGGGCAAGCGGCCCAAAGGCGUGCAGGUUGCGGACCGGAAGGUGGACUGGCGGCGAUGGAAGCAGGAGAGGAAAGCCGAGAAGAAGAAAUGGAAGGAGAUGAAGCUGCUGAAGAAGCUGGAAAAGCAGCGGAUGCGGGAGCUGGAGGAGAAACGAGCCGAGAAGCGAGAGGAGCAGCAGGAAGACAGAGGGCGGCACUACACUGUGAGCGUGGCCCUGCCGGGCUCCAUCCUCAACAACGCCCAGUCGCUGGAGCUGCGGACGUACCUCGCAGGACAGAUUGCCCGGGCCUGCACCAUCUUCUGCGUGGACGAGAUCGUGGUGUUCGAUGAGCACGGAGAAGAUGUAAAGAGCGUGGAGGGGGACUUUGAAGGAAUUGGAAGGAGAGGCAAGGCUUGUGUGCAGCUGGCUCGGAUCCUGCAGUACUUGGAGUGCCCUCAGUACUUGAGGAAAUCCUUUUUCCCAAAGCACGAGGAUCUGCAGUUUGCAGGGCUGCUCAACCCCCUGGACAGCCCCCACCACAUGCGGGUGGAUGAGGACUCGGAGUACCGGGAAGGGGUAGUGUUGGACCGGCCAACCAAGGCGGGCAGAGGCUCCUUUGUUAACUGUGGGAUGAAGAAGGAGGUGCAGAUCGACAGAGAGCUGAACCCUGGCCUGCGAGUCACUGUGCGCCUGGAGGAACCCCAGAAGCCAGAAGCUAAAGUGCGGAAAGGCACCGUGGUGUCCUCCCAGCACCCUCGCACAGUCUCAGGCUUAUACUGGGGUUACAGCGUCCGCCUUGCCUCCUGCCUGAGUGCUGUGUUUGCAGAGUGCCCGUUCAAGGAAGGCUACGAUCUCUCCAUUGGGACCUCAGAGCGGGGCAGCUCCGUGGAUGAGGCCACUCUCCCUUCCUUCAGGCAUGCCCUUGUCGUGUUUGGAGGUCUGGAGGGCUUGGAAGCCGGGGUUGACGUGGACCCAAACCUGGAGGUCACUGACCCCAGCGUCCUGUUUGACUUCUACCUGAACACGUGUCCCAGCCAGGGCAGCAGAACCAUCCGGACAGAGGAAGCUCUGCUCAUCUCCCUGUCUGCACUGAGGCCCCACAUCGAGGAGGCUGUGAAGACACCGGUGCCAGCGGAGGGCAGGGAGACCACAGACCCUGCUGGCAGCUGAGGACGGCCUGGGCAGAGGCUGUUCAGAUGUGGGGUGCUGGGGACAUCACUCCAAGAGCCUGCAGGGCCAAGGCACGGCGACUGAAGCUGGAGGUGCUGCUUCACUGAGCCCCUGGCUGCUGUUGGGAGCAGCAGGUCUGCAUCCUCCUGCCUGUACGGUCCUGCCAAGGGCUGGUCACUGCCCCUGCACAGCUGAGAGGAGCCUGGCAGCAGGAUCUCAGCCAUUCAGACAUCUGGGGGGGGAAUAAAGCAAUAUGGAACCUCA